CCUCUCUUCGUCGAUGAGCAGUCUUCCAUUGUCGCUCUAAUCAGUUCUCGUCCAUUCGCCCAAGCAUCGGAGAAGAUGAGCAGCAUUCCACCAUCAUCAUCAAAGACGACGCGCAACAUUCCACCAUCAUCAACUUGCAAAGAGGAUGUUCGUUUCUGUAUGAGACCAUCUAAAAGCAACUACGUUAAGAUAAGGCUUCAUCAUAGGGGACAGUUAGUAGAGAGUCCAUAUAAAUGGUAUGUUAAUGGUUUGGUGUCUGAACUGGAUUGGGAAUGGGAUACGGACUACAUGUCGUACAUGGAUUUAGAAGCUUCGAUUAAGGAUGAGGGAUAUAUAAAUAUCAAAUGUAGGAGAUGGGAUUUAACUGGAAGAGUAAUUUCAACAACAUCUACUCCCAUAUAAUUUACCCUACUAAUGGUCCACAGUUGUGGCCUUUGGAUGAGGAGUCCACUAUGAAUCCUCCAGCUAUGAGAAGGGCCAUAGGUCGUCCCAAGAAAAUGAGAAACAAGUCUAACGAUGAACCAAAGAAUCCACAUGUCCUACCUAGAAAAUUGGCAACUGUUACUUGUCAUAAGUGUGGCGCAAUGGGGCACAA